AUGGCCCACGACUACCGCCUCGCCCCCUCCCCCAAAGGCUUCAUCUGCCUCAACGAGGUCCUCUUCGGCGCGCACCUCCAGCCCGCCAUGGCGUCCCUCUUCCGCGCAAAACUGCCCUCCAACGCACUCUUCCGCAAAGUCGCCCUCGAGGGCCACCGCUUCACAGGCCAAGAGGCAGUGGACGAGGGCAUCGCGGAUGCGUUGGCCCCGGGAGGAUUGGAGGACGCGCUCAAGUUUGUGGCAGAGAAACAGUUGCUGGAGAAGCCGAAGAAGGGCGUGUACGGGACGAUUAAGAGGGAGAUUUAUAAGGAUCUGGUCAAGGAGCUAAGUGGCGCGGGGUUGGAGGUGGAGGAGGCAAGGUUCAAGGAGGAUAUGAGAAAGGAGGCGGAGAGGAAGGAGUUUGGAAAGGUGUGGGUUGAGCAGUGGCGGAAGGAGAAGGCGAAGCUGUAA